CCCGCCCCGCCCUUUGUGACGCAGGACAAUGCCUGCGUGCCUGCCACGCGUCCAGUUCCUCUGCAGCCAGCUGUGGAGAGUGCUCUGGUCCUCCCGGGCCGGCUUCGGAAUCAUGCACUUUUCACUCGGGUUUGUAGUUCUCUUCUGCCUGUGGGACGUCUUGACCGCUCGGCAAGGCAGCACUGAAGAAGUGAAGAUAGAAGUUUUGCAUCGGCCAGAAAACUGUUCUAAGACCAGCAAGAAGGGAGACCUACUACAUGCCCAUUAUGAUGGCUACUUGGCUGAAGACGGCUCCAAAUUCUACUGCAGCCGGACACAAAAUGAAGGUCACCCUAAAUGGUUUGUUCUUGGGGUUGGACAAGUCAUUAAAGGUCUCGACGUUGCUAUGAUGGAUAUGUGCCCAGGAGAGAAGAGGAAAGUGAUUAUACCACCUUCAUUUGCCUAUGGAAAGGAAGGCCAUGCUGAUGGCAAGAUUCCAGCCAACGCAACACUGAUCUUUGAGAUUGAACUUUAUGCUGUGACCAAAGGACCACGAAGUGUUGAAACAUUUAAACAGAUAGAUAUAGACAAUGACAGGCAACUUUCUAAAACUGAGAUAAAUCACUACUUGGAAAAGGAAUUUGAAAAAGAUGAGAAGCCACGUGACAAGUCAUACCAGAAUGCAGUUUUAGAAGAUAUUUUUAAGAAGAAUGACCAUGAUGGUGAUGGUUUCAUUUCCUCCAGAGAAUACAAUAUAUAUCAACAUGAUGAAUUAUAGCAUAUUUUCAUUUUACUUUUAUUGUAUUUUAUACAUAUGUAGUUGUUACAUAUAUUUAUGAAUACACACACACAUACACACUCCGAGUUAUUGUUUCCCCUAUGAGAACAUAUUUUGAUACUCAUGAAAAUGUAUGAUUUUAGUACAAUAAACAUGAGGCUGCUUUGCA